AUGUUUUGCUUCGUCGCGUUUAGGCGUUUGCAUAGUUGGACACCGAUUUCUUAUAGCUGUUCUUCUCGCUACAUUUCUAGUGAGACUGCUGAUGAGAAGGGUGGAUUUACCCGUUCUAUAUACUCUCUGCCACAGUACAAGCACGUUGUACGCAAUGGGAAAGCCCUGAAAGUAUAUACUGGUCUGGUGGAUGAAACACUUACUUUUAAAGAUGGACUACGUGAAAACUUUUAUAAGUCGUGGACUAAAAAAGUUCUGACAAUGCAAAGCCUUUCUAAACGCAUCACAACGCGAGCGAAGGAACGCAUCAAGCAUAAACAAAUAUAUUGA